CUCCAAGUUCAUAUCCUCAAGCCCCCUCGAGUUUACCUCAAACUCUAUCAAUUGACCUGAGUUAUAAUCUUCCCAAAGAAUAAAGCUCGUCAGGAUGUCGUCUACUCUACUGCGAUCUGCUCCAGCCCUGCGCGGAGCUCUCCGCGCGGGAGCUUCGAGGCCUACCGUGGGCUUGGCCAUGGCCAGCACUCAGUUCGUCCGUGGCAAGGCUACUCUACCAGACCUCUCCUAUGACUACGGCGCCCUCGAACCUCACAUCUCGGGCCAGAUCAUGGAGCUCCACCAUUCCAAGCAUCAUCAAACCUACGUGAACGGCCUCAACAGCGCAAUCGAGACCAUCGGCGACGCAGAGGCCAAGGGCGACUUCACCAAGGCCGCCGCCGUUGCCCCCCUCCUCAAUUUCCAUGGCGGUGGCCACCUGAACCACAGCCUGUUCUGGGAGAACCUGGCACCUGCGAACAAGGAUGGCGGCGGCGAGCCCGAGGGAGAGCUGAAGAAAGCUAUCGACCGUGACUUCGGCUCCUUCUCCACAUUCCAGAAGCAGACAAACGCCGCGCUUGCCGGCAUCCAGGGCAGCGGAUGGGCAUGGCUGGCGAAGGACAAGGAAAGCGGCACUCUGUCCCUGGUCACCCGUGCCAACCAAGACCCUGUAUCCGGCAGCCUGAUUCCCCUGAUGGGUAUCGACGCCUGGGAGCACGCAUACUACCUGCAGUACCAGAACCGAAAGGCCGAGUACUUUAGCGCUAUCUGGAACGUCAUCAACUGGAAGAAUGUUGCCAAGCGGUUCCAAGCAUAAGAGGGAGAGUUGAUGGAGUCGGGUCGAAUCGUCCAAGCAGGGGACUCCUUCUAGGCCUGAUCGAUGGCUUGUACUCUUAAGGGUCAGGUAAUGUUAAUUAGCGAGCAGAUCUACAGACGUGGUCCUGUACACCAAUCAGAAUGCCAUGCCAAAAAGAAACACCGGUCGUUCG